AUGCCGUCGAUAGACAAAUUGAAGGCCUCUAUCGCCGAGUCGAUGGUCAAGCGCGAAAAUGCAUUCGCCGCAGCUUCCACUCUGCUCAAUUUAGUUAAGGGUUUGACCACUGAGGUCCAGGUAGCUAACAUGUGCCUGACUGAAUUGACCUGGUUGGAAAAAUCAUUCAGGGAAGCUGAUGACUUGAUAGUCAGACUGAACACUCAGUUGGAGGAGUCUGAGCGUGACGAAUCACCUUCCACAUUUGCAGCAUUCUUCGAAACUUGCCUGCAUAUUCGUGCAGCCCACAGCGGCAUAACCAUACCUUCGUCUGUUGCCGCGCCUUCCUCAUCGUCGGUUGAGCUUCCGAUUCCUCGGGUUGAGUUGCCCUGCUUUUCCGGUAAAAUCGAGGUUUGGCCCGGAUUUAUUGCUCUCUUCGACGCCCUAGUGCACCAAAGUACCUCUAUGGCGCCCGUUCAGAAAUUCCAUCUGCUGUCGUCGGCUCUUUCCGGAGAGGCCGCAUCAGUGAUCUCCGGAUUCGAGAGGAAUUCGGCCAACUAUCUUCUGGCUUAUCAGGCCCUUCACUCCCGCUACCAGAAUCCCCGGCGUCUGGCAGAUCUUUACGUGAACCAGAUUUUAGAGUCCCGACCAGCAUCUCUGUCUUCUUUGCCACAAUUGAAACGGUUCAUCACCACCCAUCAGAACGCCAUAAAUGCCAUCAAGGCGCUGCCAAUAUCAGAUCUGGCAGACUAUCUUCUGUUAUCCGACAAGAACUAUUAUCUAACUAUUAUCCGACAAGAACUAUUAUUAACUAUUAUCCAACAAGAAACAAUUUUGCGAGUGUUAGAAAGUUCUACUCUCACCUCGGCCCGAUCGUCUGCGCUCAGGAGAUCGUCAAGACCUCAAUCACCAGCCGCCUCAGCGUCUGUUCCUAUAUCGUCUGCUCAACCUUCCCCUGGUCCAUCCUCUCGCCCCCAUGCAUAUGCUGGAGUACGCCCCUCUGCUUCAUCUAGUUCGUCCUCAGCUUGUGUGUAUUGCUCCGCGAAUCACUCCAUUCGCCAGUGUCGAGAAUUCAAGGCCAUGAACAUCCACCAGAGGCGAGCUUUCGUGGCUGAGAGUUGCGUGUCGUUCGGAUCAGUGUUGUCACACAUGCGGGUGACAACACCACACGAUCCUCCACUUGGCACCUACCACCUCGCCCUUUUCAGCUUCCCACGCGUAAGAGAUCCUCCCUUGACGGACCAAUGUUCUUCUUUGCCUCCUACCGGCUCCAGGUCUCCAAUCCGCGCUGUCAUCUCUCGGGGCACUUCAGUCAGGGGUAGAUAUCGCGAGACUUCUAGGCCAACUGGUUCUGCAUCGUCUCGAGCGUCCCUCGCUCCUCCGUCUCGUCACUCUUGCUCCACCUCCGGAAGCGGUACCGAUUGA